AUGACUUCGACGUCUUCUUUCCCAAGGCAAAUUCCCGAGCAGGCAUGGUACAUGAAGCCCAUCUUCUCAAUUCUAAUCGGAGGAAUCCUUCCUUUUGGAGCUGUUUUCAUUGAACUUUUCUUUAUACUGACAUCCAUAUGGCUAAACCAGUUUUACUACAUAUUCGGCUUCCUUUUCAUCGUCUUCGUCAUCUUGAUCAUCACCUGUGCUGAAAUAACAAUCGUCCUUUGCUACUUCCAGUUGUGCAGUGAAGAUUAUAAUUGGUGGUGGAGAUCAUACUUGACCGCUGGUUCCUCAACCCUAUACCUAUUCUUAUACUCUAUUUCCUAUUUCUUCACCAAGCUGGAAAUCACAAAGCUGGUUUCUGGGAUCCUUUACUUCGGGUACAUGUUAAUCGGCUCAUACGCAUUCUUUGUAUUGACCGGCACAAUGGGCUUUUACGCUUGCUUCUGGUUUGUGAGAAAGAUCUACUCUUCCGUGAAGAUCGACUAGUUAUCGGAACAGGUCAAAAAUUUAAAGGUUUUUACUGAGAAUUCUCGCGAAUCUGCAAUUCCACUCCAAACUGCAGAAGAACAAUAUAGGAAGAUUUUUUUUUUUUUUUUUUAAGUCGCUGUUACUAACUUGUCUUUGGGCUUUUAAUUUUUUUUUUUUCACUUUCGCUGUUACUAACGGCGACUCUUCCCGAGGCUAGGCUUGGAUGUACGGACGCUUAUUUUUUUAAGUUGCUUAGAUGUUAAUGGUAGAUUACUACAUGAAAGUAUUUGUAGCCCUAUGGCUGACUACUUGUUAAGAUGUAGAUGGGUACACCACCUACCUUGAGGAUUUGUGAAAGGCCAAGACUUUUUAAAAGAAA